CUGACCGCAGUCCAGUCCGCGCCGUUCUUUGCUUCUCCCACCGGUCAGUCCCUCCUUGCGCUGUGCUGCGAUUGCACCUUUUGGCCCGACGCCGACCAAAGCAACUCGUAAUAUCCAAACCGAAGCGAAUUUCCCGCGAAAACAGCCGACGCCGAUCUUUCCGCAGCCCCCUCAACCCAGCCGGGACAUAUCAAGUCUUCUGAUCGUCCUUCGUGCAAAUUGAAGAAAAGCAGUCAUCCUCAACGAACUCACAUCCUCUCGCAUCGCGUCCUAUUCUCGCCCUUUUUAUCCUCGAGAAUCACCGCGGACGAUCCCUGGUUUCCGAGUCCUGAGAGCGCCCUCGCACUUUUGCGCCGAGAACCGCCCACCCUCGUUCAGAGAAGAAGAAGAAGAAGGCGGGAGGAAAGAGCAAGAAAAAGGAUCAGAAACAAUACCGUAAUUCAGAUUUAAUCGGUUGCAUCCGUAACCGCUGUUCACUCGCACCAUGAGGCUCAUCGACCGCAUCCAAGCCAAGAUCGAGCUGUUCCGCCUCGAGCAGCGCUACACCCGCCGCCGGCACCGCCGCUCCACCUUCGUCUCCAACGCCAUCUACGUCGACGGCGAGUACAUCUACCAGUCGCCCAACACUACCGGCUCCUCGGCCGCCACGAGCAAGACGUCCUCCUCGAUCGCCACCACCCGCGUCGUCGAGUUCGACUCCUCCCACUACUCCUCCUCUGCCGCUGCCCCUACCACCGCCUCCGCCACCAAGCAGAAGAAGAGGCUCAACCGCUGGUCGUCCAUGCCGGGAUACGGGCCCGGAUCCAGCCCGGACGCCAGCAUGGGUCGUAUCGGCGGGAUGCCGACCGUCCGGGAGCAGGAGUGGAGGGGCGGUAGGGUCAGCUUUGACGAGAGGCGGCGGUAUUGAGUUGAGCGAAUUGGGAGGGUUAAAAGGGGAGGAGGAUUCGAGUGGGCUUUUGGUCAUUUUAUUCUCUUGCUUUUGUCUUUGGAUAGUUGCGCCGUGUGGUAUGGUGUCAUGGACGAU